UUCAUUGGCUACCGCUGGCUAUGAUUGACAGCCAGAAGAGGAAGGAGGCGGUCCUACGAUUUUCUCGCGAGAGGAUAGUUUGAAAAGUGGCGCUUCCUUCAACGUUUUUCAAGAAAGAAGUUUCAAAAGCGGUCUCCAGCAGUAACAUCAACAUGCCUGGAGACAGUGAUCUAGAGAUUGAAGAGGCUUUCCGGAGAGCACAGAAAGCUCAUAAUAACAAGGCCAAACUUGUUGCCAGUUUGAAGAACCGAUAUAAUAAGUUGGAAGAUAAGACCGAGUUCCACGAGGAGUUCAUCCGCUGCCUGAAGUAUGCCAUGAUCAUUUACACCCGAGAGCCGGCAGUGGAGAAUGUCAUUGAUUUUGUCACAAGGUUUGCUGCUAGUUUCGAAACUCCUGUUAAUGAGAAUCCUGAGGAGGAGGAGGAGGAGGAAGACGAGAAUGAGUUUUUGAACUUCCUGCUCAACUUCCUGUUAGAGUCUCACGGUGCAAACAGCCAUGCGGUGCGGUUUCGUGCUUGUCAGCUGGUGAACAAGCUCCUGGGCAGUCUGAGUGAGAACGCUCAGAUUGAUGAUGAUCUGUGGGAUAGGAUCCAUGAGGCCAUGCUGAUCAGAGUCACAGACAAAUACCCGAAUGUCAGGAUUCAGGCCGCACUGGCCAUGUCCAGACUCCAGGACCCCAGUAACGUGGACUGCCCCACUAUUAAAGCUUAUAUGCUGCUUUUGGAAAACGACUCAAACCCUGAAGUUAGACGAGCUGUGCUGUCUUGCAUCGCUCCCUCGGCCACUACACUUUCUAAAAUCUACAAGCGCACCCGGGACGUCAAAGAGAAAGUCAGGAAACUUGCUUAUCAGGUACUGGCAGAGAAAGUGCAUAUUCGAGCACUGAGCAUUGCUCAGAGAGUCAGUCUAUUGCAUGAAGGUCUCAGUGAUUCUGCAGACUCGGUGAAGGAGGUCGUCAAGACCCAUUUGCUGCCUGCUUGGCUUCGCAUGCAGCAGGGAGAUGUUUUGCAGUUGCUUCACAGACUGGAUGUAGAGAAUUGUGCAGAAACUGCAGUGACCACUUUACAAGCCAUCUUUUCCAUGGCAACAAGCCCCGAUGACCUGCAGAACGGUGUCAGGCUGGAUGAGAGGAAACUAAUCCCCGUGGACUCCCUAACAUGUGAAAAUGUGUUGUACUGGAGAGCGUUGUGUGAGUUUGUCAAGAAUAAAGGAAAUGAGGGUGAGGAAUUACUGGAGCGGUUACUCCCUGAGACAGCCAUCUUUGCUGAGUAUCUGUACAGUUAUCUGAAGAGCAUCACUCAGCUCUCUGAGGAGCAGAGAGCAGAUAUGACACAGCUUGAGAUGGUGAUGACCCAAGAGUUCAUUGGACAGCAGUUGAUUCUGCUAGUCGGGUGUCUGGACACUUCUGAAGAAGGCGGCAGGAAGCGCAUGGUAGCAGUCCUGCAGGAAAUUCUUCUGAUGCCCAACACACCCACUUCUUUGAUUGGUCUGCUAGUGGAGAAACUGAUUGGAAUUCUACGAGACGACGCACAGAAAAUUCAGAUGGUUGCUGAAAUAAUAUCUGAUGUGAGAGAGCCCAUUUUGCCCAUCUCUGAACCUGUGGAUGAGAAUGAGAAACGCAGACAACAAGUCAAACUGGCUGAGGUUCGAGUGCAGAUAAUGGAGGCGAAGCAGACUCUAGAAGAAUGCAUCAGCUGUCAGGACUUCAGUCGCGCGGCUGAGCUGAAAGACUCCAUCUCUCAGCUUGAGGAGCUCAAGAACCAGUUCGUCCUGGAGGCGUCACAGUCUGCUGACAAUAUCAAGGAGCAGCGUGUGGAAAAGUUUCCACAAAAAUAUGAUGCAGCACAACUGAUGAUGAGUGAUGCAAAGACCUUGCUGAAAUGUCUGACGAUGUGUGCCGAGUUGUUCAAGCAAAUGAACAUCAAGAGAGGAAUCUGCCCUACCAUGAAUGCUCUGAUCGAGUCACUGAUACUGCCAGGUGUGUCCAACCCUAACCCUGCGGUGCGCAACAUGGCUGUCAUCUGUUUGGGAACUGCUGCCCUCCACAGCAAAGACCUUGCCAACACACACCUUGUGCUGCUCUUGCAGAUCACACAGCUAGAUGAGCCUAAAAUCAGGAUCAGUGCUCUCCGAGCUCUCAUCGACCAGCUCCUGCUCAAUGGCCUCAACAUCCUGCAAGACAAGCCUGCUCCUGUCUCCCAAGACGACAGUAACGAGCAGCCUGAACAUCAAGCUGAGGAGGAGAGUACCGUUCAGAGCAUCCUGAAGAUGCUCUCAGAAUUCCUUGAUAGUGAGAUCUGUGAGCUCCGCACAGAGACAGCAGAGGGUCUGGCCAAGUUGAUGUACUGCGGGAGAAUCCUGAGUCCAAAGCUGUUGUCCCGUCUGGUGCUGCUGUGGUACAAUCCUGUAACAGAGGAUGACCAAAGACUGCGCCACUGCCUGGGGGUGUUCUUACAGCUGUAUGCCCGGGCCAGCAGAACAAAUCAAGAGUGUGUGGAGGAGAGUUUUCUUCCGACCAUGAGAACUCUGUUCAACGCUCCUGUGACCUCUCCAUUGUCUGAGGUAGACACAUCCAACGUGGCUGAACUGUUCGUUGAACUCACUCGACCCAGCGCUCUUGUGCAGCCUGCUGCCGUACAGGCCGUGUCCGUGCAUGACUCCCUGGCAGUGCGUGUCUGUAAUGAAAUCUUGCGAGACAUUUCUGCUCCCGAGGUGCGUCUCUACUGUAAAACUCUCAGCUGGCUGGAGAUCAACACUGAACCUGGACCAGCUAACAGUGAUUUGCAACUCCUGUUAAAAGACAUUUUACAGGAAGUAAAAGAUAAGCACAGUAUAAGGAUUAUUGAAAAGCUUUGUAACCAGCUAAAUGGGGAUCGUUGUUCAAAAUCAGCCGGUAACCAGGACACAACUUUGCAGAACUUGGAUGACCACAAUGGAGGAGAGGUGAACAAAGAUGAGACAAAAGCUAAACGUGCAAAAAGAGGCCAGAAAAAAGCUUCCACUGCAAAGAAUGGCAAGAAAGCAGAGUUGUCCUCUGAUGAAAGUGAUGAAGAGAAUGUUCCCGAGGAGCCUCCGUCAGUAAGACCGAGUCGCCGUGCCAAGAUGGCUGCGAUAGAUAAAACAAAGCAGGAUCUGACUGCCCUUAUGAACCAGGAGGCCAAUAGUUCUUAACAAGGUCCACUUUCGCCUUAUUACAUCCUACAGUUCCCUCGGAUGUAUCUGAGAGAUUGCAUUCUGAUACAUUAAUACAAAGAGUCUAGUCUAAUUAUUUAGUCCAACUUGGUUUAAGGGCUUGAUUGUCAAAAAGAAUGUUUUUGUUAAAAUGCAUCAUGCGCAGUACUUCUCCAAAGGUUGUGUUUGGGUAGGAGUCAUUUCAACAUUCAUUUAUUUACUCGAGGUUGCUGGUUUUAAAUGCAUGUGAGCUAUUAUAGCAAACUGUUGCCUUAUUCUUGCCAUUUUAAGAUUGUAUGUCAAUAAUAGCUAAUAUCUGAAAGUAAAAAAAUUACUUUGUAUGGAUUUUUCAAUAAAAGUGUUUAAACCUGUAACACAGUUACUCUAAAAGUGUUUGCAAGAGCUUUUAUUGUUCUAAUGAUUGAGACAGCUUCUUUGAAGGCAAGUAUAAAAACAAAAUACAAUACAAUGUGUACAUAAUUUGUAUGUUUAUGUACAACAUAUAGCACCGGGUAACAAGGUUACAGUGGCCAAAACUUCAAAAUGGCAUAUUUGAACAUAAGACAAUAUACAGAAGGCCUCCUGAUGAUUCUCAUAACAAGCUUCAUCUCCAGCAUUUGGUUGGCAUAGGUAUAAAGAUAUAAUGCACCAUUUUUGUCUGUAGUUUUGCCACUUUAUGUUGGCACUGGGUAUGUAGAUGAUGUAAUUUUUUUUUUUUUUUUUAAGCAGUUUUAGAACAAAUCCUCUAGCUGACAAGUACCCAGACACAAUGGUUUAAAUCUAAUAGAAUAAACUAGGUGGGAAAUGAACAUACAGUUUCUUAAAAACUACGUCUCUAAGGUGGUUUCUUAACUUGUAUUGCACAGAUGCAAGUCAGUCUUGUUACAGAGAGCCUAAAUGACUUAAGAUGACCUCGACAAAAGCUAAUGCUGAUGAUACAUGGGGCAACUUUUUGAGCAAUGAUAGACAUUUGUUACCUGUUCUCAAUGGGAAAGUGCCCAAGCAGCAUUGCUCAAUUUUUUUUUUUACUUUCUACAUACUCAGGGGGGCAGAGACACAGAUUGGUAACACAAACAUCAUAUGGGAACUAGAGCUAACACAGUAUUUAAAUAGAUAACUAAACAUACAGGCUGUAUAACCAGUUAGAAUGUUUUUGGUAGGGGCCUAAAUGAAUGACAUGGUUACAACAAUGGGUUUAUCAGUUCAGACCAUGCCUUGCCAGUAGAUUUCAGGAGGUAGGUGUCACAUACUGCAAUAGAUCAGAAAUUUAAGUUUGCACAACAAAAGUUCUUGUAUUGAAGAAACAAUGUGUGAAACAUAUUUGCCUCUGGAUCAUCUUAAAAGCUUUUAAUAAAAAAAAAAAAAAAAAAAAAAAAAGGAAAAU